AUGAGUGGAGAGGCCCACAUCCCUUAUAUACCACUUGAGAUCCCUUCCAACUUCCGAUGUGGGAUAUUUAUCCUUAAUAUGCCCCCUCGAGACGAUGACUCUUUGGCCAUCGAUCUCGGUAUGUUCGGGCUUGGAUCGCCAGCACCAAUUUUGGGCAUGGUCGAUGAUUGGACCAACUAUGGGUCGGAUCGGGUUGGAAUGUAUGGAUCGGGCUCUGAUACCAUGUUAAGUUACAUAGGCUUCCAACUCAAAACCAAUUGGCAAUGA